CUCUGAUCACAGACUCCACCAGACGCACUAUGGGAAGGCAACGAUGAUGAUGAUCUCCUGUUACACAUCUUAGGUCGCGAGAGAAGACACAAGCGCCACGAUGGAUUACAAAUAUGACACCGGACUGGAACUGCUGUUGGCUCACAUGAACGUAGAGGACAUCAUCAACGCAGCAGAGACGCUCUAUCAGCUCGAGGAAGAGGAGGAAGAAGUGGGCUUGUCGUUUGAUGAAGAGGGGCUUUCCCAGGAGGAGAUGGACGAGAACGAGGAGAUCGGGGACAGAGUGAGUCCGGGGAAGGAGCAGAAGGACUACGCCAACGGGGUUGGGGGUGUCCGCUACGGGUCGGUGCAAGACAUCCUGGCCUUCGUGAACCUCCUGUCCAACAUGCAGGCUGCGGCUCUGCAGCACCUGCCCGAGGAGAUGGGAGUCCUCCUGAACAAGAAGGACAUGGCUGUUAAGAAAGGCCGCUAUCAGAUCAACCUGGAUGUUCUCCUGUUUCCAUGGAAGUUGACCUACAAGAAUCCAGGCUCUGGUCUCGUGCCUAAGGGCUCCUUUGGGAAAGUUCACUUGGCUCAGGACAUUACGACCAGGAAGAGGAUGGCCUGUAAACUGAUCCCCAUCGAGAACUUCAAAGCAGCCGAUGUGGAGUUCCAGGCCCGAUUCCGCCACGAGAACAUCGCGGAGCUGUACGGCGCCGUGCUCUGGGACCAGAGCGUCCACCUGUUCAUGGAGGCUGGGGAAGGUGGCUCAGUCCUGGAGAAGCUGGACAGCUGCGGGCCCAUGAGGGAGUUUGAGAUCAUUUGGGUGACCAAGCAGGUCCUGCGCGGGCUGGAGUACCUGCACUCGCACAAAGUCAUCCACCACGACAUCAAACCCAGCAACAUCGUCCUGAUGUCGGACAAGGCCGUGCUGGUGGACUUUGGUCUGACGGUGCAGAUGACAGAGGACAUGUACACCCCCAGAGACCUCAGAGGAACAGAGAUGUAUAUGAGUCCAGAACUGGUUCUGUGUCGAGGACAUAACACCAAGACGGACAUCUACAGUCUGGGCACCACCAUCAUCCAUAUGCAGACUGCUAGUCCUCCCUGGGUCAGGCGCUACCCGCGCACCGCCUACCCGUCCUACCUUUACAUUAUCCACAAGCAGGCCCCGCCUCUGGAGGACAUACCUGAGGACUGCAGCGCGGCCAUGCGCUCCUUCCUGGGGCGAGCCCUGGAGAGGAACCCCGCCCUGCGGAGCUCUGCAUCCGAGCUGCUGAAGGACGACGCCCUGAACCCCCCCAGGGAGGACCAGCCGCGCUGCUGGAGCCUCGACUCGGCCCUGGAGGAGGCCACCCACGCGUUGCUGCGGCAGCCCAGCCACCAACACGACACAACGCAGGAAUCAUCUCUGUACUCCGAAGACUCUGGCCACUUAAGGAGGAAGGGCUCGCUGUACAUUGACUUGGGGGCCUUGUCAGGGUACAGCAAACUGGUGACAGGACCCCCUACCUCUGAGUACGGCUAACGUUUCACCCCCAAGAGACUGCUGUGACCAGAAGCCGAGCUGUGGUUACAGCUGGCUGCCCAUCUGCUUUGAUCCUUUGAGUCGUAACUCACAGUGAGCUGCAGGCAGCGUGACUCAUGAGGAAAACGGAAGAGACAUGGUACCCGGGUUCAGCAGACUCUUUACAUUAGGUGGAAGCAGAUGUUGUGACAAGUUUUUUUUGGUUUUGUUUUACACUCGCAGCCUUUAAGCCUCAAGUUUAAGCCUUAAAGAGACGUGAGUGAACAGAAGCACAUCUGCUUUGAGUCUCGCAUCUAUUAAUGGGUGGAAUUGUCUUCCCACAGACUAACAUCAUGGUACUGUGGGGAGUUCAGUUGACCGAUGAUGCAGCAAUGACUGUUUUUUUAGCAAGAGUUUCCUAUAUCCUUUCCAGCUAAAGUGGGUACAUGUAUGUUUUAUUUACAUAUUCUCAUUAAUCCAAGACACCUUUUCACAUCUUUAUGUUUUGCGAAAGAGGAAAUUCGUAAAAAAAACCCCCAAAAAAACAUAGACAAAGUCAUUCAAACAUAGCGAUGGAUUCCUGCAGGUUGAAAUAAAGUGUGUCAUUAAAGAUAUAGAUCUGCAGGAGAAAUAAAGAACCACCACUCUGUGGUGGUUCUUUAUUUCUAUAUACUCAUCAGAAACAAUUCUGACUUCCUGAAUUAAUUAUUUUUUAGCUCAUGUUGGAAUCCUUUUCUCUGGGGACUAUUUUAUUCUCUAUCAAAAACACUUUCCUUUAUGACAGGCUGCAUAGAAUAGGGUUAUUUGUUGUAAAUAGCUCUUUAACGAGGAUCCCAACUAAAAGAAAAGCUGCGAAGCUGUGACGCACAAAAAAACUGGGUUUCAUUGUGGUUGUUUGCAAAAUAGACCAGUUUUGAUAAAGCCAAAAAAAAAAAAAAAAAACAUUAAAAAAUGUACAUCCCAAUUUUUUUAAAUUUUUUUUUAUCGGAAACAAGUUUUUUUCCCCUAAAUUGACGUUAUAAGUUUCUUUUCAAAACGUCAAGUCUCGCCUAAUCAUGAAUGGGAACGCAGCUCCUGAGGCUUUUCUCAGGCAAACACUGCAGCACAGCGACUGCUGAAGAGGCGUUGAGAAAGGCCAGGCAAUAUUUAUUGUUUACUUUCCUUUAUUUUCUUUGCGGUCGGAACCGGAGCGCAGCUUCUCACGGCUCGACAGACUCGCAUCAUCCAGACACGACCGGCUGUGAUGACGUAAAGUUGGCUUUUGCGAGUUCAAGCUCUGAGCUUACAGCGUUUUAAGCUCUCUGCCGAUCGUUUUUGGCGUGAAGCUGGCCUGGAAGGGGUGCCGGUUUAUCUCUUGGAGUGUAAGCUAUAUGUUUACGUAUGUGUGAAUUACACAGGCAUGUACUGAAUCAUUCUGUAGUUCAAUUAUGGACUUUCCUCUUGUUGAUUCCUGUGGAAUAUUUAUACCAUCCCCUCUUCCCUUCCACUCGUCGUAUGAAAAAAAAGCUGAAGAAUGCAUAUGUGAUUUGUGUUGUGCACAUCUUGUUAGAUAAUGUCUGCUAUAUCCACUUUUUUGGUAUUAAUCAUAAAAAUUACCCGGUGUUUGCAAUAUGUUUAUUUUGUAUGUAAUAAAUACAAUAAAAGAAGCAAAAAAAAAAA